UUUGUCUUUAAUGGCUUAUUCCCAAGAGUACCAACGGCCAAAACCCCAAUCUUUCUCUCUCCACUCGCUAUGCUUGCGACCAACACACACACUUCCUCCAAAAUUUCAAAAUUCCUAAAAUCUUAAUCGAGUUCUCCCUUUUCCGCUUCUCUCUCAAUCCUUCACCGUCUCACUCUUUUUUCUUUUUUAUUGUUUGGGGGCAAAAGCUCGUGAUUCGUCAUCACUGGAAGACGAAUGGGGGCUCCUAAAGCUUCCAGUCAUGAUGUUAUGCCUGAGAAAAACUUCGAUGAGAGAAUUUUGAAAAAAUGCACAAGUAGGAAAAGGGAUAACAUUGUCCUUAUUGAAGUUGAUUCUGAUGAUUUUGGUGACGUUAUCAUCCUCGACGUACCCGAUUCUUUCCAAAAGAAGUUCAGAAAACGAGCAAAGCUUGUGAUUAACAUUGAUGAUGAAGAUGGUGGUGGAAGCAGUGACGGGGUUUGUCAUACAAAUAGUGACGCGACGACCAGUGAUCAAUGCUUCCCAACAGAGGCAGCUGAUCCCUCAACGACUUCUUAUGAUGUUAAUGGAGAAGAUACACCUGUAAAACUCUCCAAGUCCAAGCGAACCUACCCUGGAAAAAGUAUCCCUAGGAACCAUUGUGGAAUAAGUCUUGAUUCUGAAAGUUGUUCAUCCGAAAGUGACAGCUCCGAUUGUGUGUUAAUGGAAGGGUCUUCAGGAAAGCUACGAGAACAUUGGGAAAAGGCCUCUUUUAGAAGAAGACAGGAUGCUAGCUGCGCUCCUCAUGAUUUUGAAAAUGAAGCUGGCACUUCAGUGCCCAGUCAUCCUGUUCAUGAUUAUGCCGAAGAUGCUGAACCCCCUGUUCAGCAAAGCAAUGUGAGAAAAUGUUCUGUUCAACAAGAUGGUGACAAUGUUUUUGCUGGUUAUCCUGAGAAGUUUUCUGAGGAAAGUAAGGCUUCAGAUCAGGAUUAUGAUCCUAUGGAGAUUGAUGGACACGUUAAUUCUAGCUCCGAUGAAAAAGAAAGAGGUGGUACUUUGUCACCUGAGAGUCCUGUUCAUCAUAAUACUGAGGAGCCUGCAGGUGAUUUUAGGGAUUCUACUGGAAAGCUAGCUGAAGAAUUAAAGUUCCCUCGGCCGGAUUAUGGUGAUAUGACAAAAAAUGAAGUGUGUAGUGUUUAUUCUACUUCUAUAACAAAGGGGCCUUCUGAAGAUGUUGAAAGUGAUCAUGCUGCUUUGAUUGAUAGACAACAAGGUGUUGAAAUAGUUUGUAUGCUACCAGACCAUGAACUCGGCUGUGGAAAUCAAGUAGUGUCUUCCUCUGACCAGAUUAACAUAAUUAUUGAUAGACAGAAGAUCAAGGAGACUGAGGAGUACAAGCAUGCUAUGGAAGAAGAACUUGCAGCAAGGCAGCAGCAGUUGUUAAUUCAGGCUGAAGAAGCACGGAGGCUAAGGAACAGGAAAAAGGCAGAAAAUAUGCGCAUACAGAUGAAUGAAAGAAGACAAAAGGAGCGUGUAGAGGAAAUACGGCAGACACGGAGAAGGGACGAGGAGAACUUGAACCUGAAAGAGAAACAUCGUUCAGAGAUAAAGAUGGAAUUACGUAGAACAGAGGCUAUAUGCAGUGACAUGGCGUCACUACUUCGAUGUUUAGGGAUCCAUGUUGGUGGUGGCCAGUACCCUCCUCCAAAUGAGGUCCAAGCUGCAUAUAAACGAGCUUGUUUAAAAUUCCACCCGGAUAGGAUGUCAACAACUUGCUUACGGCAGCAAGUUGAAGCUGAAGAGAAGUUCAAGCUCAUUUCUAACAUGAAGGAUAAAUUUUUGCAAAAUAGAUGACAAUUCAUCCAUGUUAGUUAUAAGGUAAUUUAGUUAGGCGGGAAAAAGAUAUAUAAUUACUUAUUAUCCCCGGUGUAAUAUUCUCUUAUUUGUUUGUAAUAUCCUCUUAUUUGUUAAUUAUUGAUGUAGGAUUGUCCUAA